GCUCACGUAGAUUGAAUAGAGCGGGACGCCUGGCGUUCAUGUAGAUCUUGCUUAUCUAGUAUGAUAACGAAUGAUAAACUUUCCUAACUAAUGUGUUUUGAGUGUAAUCAUCAAGUUUCUCGCGACACUGGUGUUUACGGACUUUUAGAAGUUUGCGCUCAAUAAAGUUCAGAUAUCCUUGGUACCGGCGCAUCUAAUGGGCGAAUCGAUUUCAUACGGCACAUAGUUGAACUGAAGAGAACUACUUCACAAGAUGUCGAACAAAUCACAAACUUUAAUGGAUAUAUUCCAAGAAAUCCUAGCGGCGUCUGGCAAUUCCUCUGACACCAAGGCCAUAAAUGAGACGAGAAUCUUAACAGUUCUCAAGGAACAGGCGUUUAAAGAAAGGAAAGAGAACAUUGGUUCAGUUCUUGUAAAAGUGGUGAGCGAUGCUCAGAGCAAGCUGAACCUUACGAUCAAACCUGAGCCCUGCACGUACUGCGAAGGCGGUUUUAGGGAAGUGGUUGAAGCCUAUAACGGUAUUCACGGAUAUGUUAGCCUUAUGGUAUGCACAAUUGGCGUUCUGGCAAACGCAAUGAACGUGGCCGUGCUGACCAGACGAGACAUGGCAGCGGCACCCAUCAACCGCCUGUUGAAGUGGCUGGCGGUCGCAGAUGUGUUCGUCAUGCUGGAAUACGUUCCCUUCGCCAUUUACAAGUACUUGGUUCUACCAGAGACGUUGGAUUUCCGGUAUUCCUGGGCUAUAUACCUACUUUUCCACAUGCAUUUUGCUCAAAUACUGCACACCGCAUCGAUUUGUCUCACUCUCUCCCUGGCGAUAUGGAGAUAUAUUGCCAUAAAGUAUUCAGACAAAAGCCAUAUUUUAUGUACGGAAAGGCGGUGUAGUGUAGCCAUAUUGUCAAGUUUUGUUCUACCACCGAUAUUAUGUAUUCCUACAUUUAUGGUGUUCGAUAUUCACACAAAGAACGUCAGCGACGUACCGGGCGAUGUCGCGUAUCACGUGGACUCUGACAACCAGGGAAGACUCUACCAAGUCAACUUCUGGGUACACGCAGUUGCCAUAAAACUGCUGCCUUGCUCAAUCCUGACAGUGAUAAUCCUGUGGCUAAUACGAGCGUUGUACAGCGCGAACCAGCACCAGAAGAAUCUGAGGAACUACAGCGCUUGUCCAGCUGCUGAGAAAAUGGUGAAACGGCAGCACAAAGCCGACAAAAGAACGGAUAGAACAACAAAAAUGUUACUCGCUGUGUUACUAUUGUUUUUAGUCACGGAAUUGCCGCAGGGAAUUCUCGGCCUGAUGAGCGGAUUAUUGGGGAAAUGCUUUUUCGAUAAAUGCUACAAUUUGUUCGGAGAGCUGAUGGACUUUUUGGCGCUGUUGAAUGGUGCGAUUAACUUCAUACUGUACUGUUCGAUGUCCAGGCAGUUUAGACAGACGUUCAGGGCGCUGCUUCUCCAAAGGCAUCUUGCUCGGUUCCUGCCUCCUACUGCUUCCCACUCGGAUUCUCAUAACCAGAACACGUGCACAGAAAAGAUAAAAAGAUAACCACUGCAGAGCGACACUAAAGUGUGAAUUGCUAACGUGUGACGUGAAGCAAAAACUUCAGUGCCGUGAGGCCGGAUUGCGAAGGGGACCGCUCCUGUAUGUGAACAGUUUCUAUGACAAUCUUGAUGAUUGAAGUGAUCAGUGUUAACAUGUUUUUGUACGUUAAUAUAGCAGUAAAUAGGGUCCAUUGUCUAUUUUGGACGAAAUAUCUUACCUAAGAAUGCAGGUAAUAUAAAUAAAUUACUUAUUAUAAUAUUUUGUCAAUGAUAGCUGGAGUAUUUAUUAUCAGCCUACAGAUUUGCUAAAACUCAGCGUCUAACAUUGAUUGAUAGCCACUAAGCUCAUUUG